UUCUUUCUAUAAUCUUUUUGUUGCCUCUCUUUGUUUAUUAUUAACAUCUUCUCUGGAUUUUCAACAAUCCCUCUUUUUACUUGCUUUUAUUUGUUUCGUCUGUAUCAUAGUUUCUAUUAUGGAGCUGAUUGUUUGUUUUGACGUUUCACUUGAUGUGCUCUUCUGGGUUUUCUUCACUUUUGGAUUCUAAAGCACACUGUUUGGGUGUUUAUGAUUUUGCUGUAUUGAAUUGGGACUAUUCACUUGUUCUAUUUUAUAUUUUUUUUAUGCAAAAGGUUGCUGCUUUUUCUUAUUGGACAUAAUGCAUUGUCAAAGAAACAGUUUUGUUAGGUGACAGAGUAUUGGAGGUUAGAUGGGGUUUGAUAGAAGUCAAUUUCAAUAACUUUUUUGUUUCAUUAAUGCUGAAAGUGAAAAGAGUUAUGAUGUGCCGACUGAAGAAGUAAGCUUUUGGAGUUUUACAUAAUUUAGUUGAGGUGAAAUGCAUACUAGAGGUGGCUGAACAUACUAAUUCAAGGAAAUUUAGGGAAUGCCAAGUGAAUUUGAGAGUUGGUUGCAGGGAAUAUAAUUUGAGGGAUCUAUAGCUCUGAUGAGUGGUCCCAAAGUGGUGAUGUCUGUGUUGGAGAGCUGGAGAAAAUGCACUUCAAUUGUUUUCCGAAAUUGGGAGAGAUUAAAGUUUAUGAAUUAAAGCAGGUAAGGAGAAAUAAUUGCUUCUACCACCUGACGGAGUCACUGCCUAUAAAGUAUGCUUUUCAGGGUCUCAAAGGAAAUUGGUUUCUUCAUGUGGAAAUAAGGUCUUCAAAUAGCUUUCGUAAUCGACACUUACCUCAGUGUCUAGCUGCAAAGGAUGACCAUAUUUCUGAUGGUAGCAAUGCCAUUGGCUCUCUCGUUACAAACACCAGAAAAAAUGACACAAUAGCAAAUGGUAAUAACAAGAGGAUAAAAGGAUUACUUGGCAUCAAAUCACCUGCAGAACUUCCAAAAACUGUCCCUUGUUUUGAUAAAAGAAGUAAGGAAAAGAAGAGACUGGCUGGCAUCAGCAAAGAACUUGACAGAAGUAAAAAAGCUCUAAAUGUUGCUGCCAAAGUGUCUUCUGGUUUAUUGGCACCUAGAAAUGAAGUUGAGCAUGCAACAAUAACAGAAGCGGUUCCAAAAAUUGUCGCUUGUUUUAAGAAAAAGAGCAAGGACAAGAAGAGAAUGGCUGACCUCAGUAAGGAAUUUGAUAGAAGAAAAAAGGCUCCAAAUCUUGCUGCCAAAGUGUGCUCUGGUUUACCGACACCUAUAAAUCAAGUUAAGCCUGCAACCUUUUCCUGCACAAUGGUGGAAACUCCCACAGAGAGACCACAAGAAGUAAUAUUUGCUAAAAUUAAUGAUUUCUCAAAUAUGCAAGUUUCUACCUUACCACAGUUUGACAUCAGAACGCCCCCAAGAACACUGGCUUCUCCACUGCCAACAGAUCUUCGACCUGGAAGUUCAGGGAAUAAGCUAAAAACAACUUCUGCAGUUGGGAAACUCAUGAUGACAGCUGCAAAUAAGCUCAAAAUUUCUGCCAAUAAACGAAGACCAGCGCUUUCUCUCUAUAGAUUCAGAUCUCCCUCCAGGGCUUCAUUUGUGGUCAGGAGAUCAAUCUUUGAUAUCAGUGACAGUGAUGAAUGAUGAAAUUUAAAGGUACCACCAGUCAGAUGGGUUGUCCAUGCAUUCAAAUGCCAUGCAUGUCAAAUGCACGCUGCGUGUUGCUCAUGCUUACAAGUUUAUGCAUUCAUUUUCAUUGAUCGCUCUAGCAACCUGAAAUUGCAGGCUUCUUUCUGAACUGUAAAUUGGGUCAACCUGAACUCAUUCUGAGAUGAAUGGUUCCCUUGGAAAUGAUCAGAAUCAUCAGAAUUUAAUGCGCUUUCUGGGUUUUUGGGAUUACAGCUAAUCAUCUUUUUUUUUCUGGACUUCUAGACAAAGACUUGGGAAGCAAGUGUUAUAGUUAAUGUGAUGCUACUGAUGCUGAACUGCCAUCGCUAUUUUUGCUUGAAUGGGGGUUAUUUGUAAAGGUCCAGUCCAAGAGUUUUUCAGCUUCCUAUUUUGCAGACUAGAAGGGGUCAUUGAAUGGACCAAUUUUGCUGAUAAGAGCCUGCCUGUAACUGCUGUCUUACAAGCUGAGAAGAGGUGCAAGAUCGCGCUGCUAAGUAGAGUUCAGUGCUGGUCAGGUUCCUGCACAAAUUUUGUAUUUGUGUGUUGAGGCCAUAUGCCAUUUGAAAAUAACAUCACCAUAUAUGUGAAAAUUGAUGAGCAUGUUUAUUCUCUUGUUUCGAGUAUCCAAGUAGCUGCCUAAUGAUUCGUUUCCAUGAA